AUUUCACAUCUUUACAAAUUUUUGUAUACUUUUAAGUAAAUACUUUUUGUUUGUUCGUUAAAUUAUAAAUGAAAGAAUUAAUUAACAAAAAAAAACAUACUUUUAUUAAAUAAAAUAUGAAUUUAUAAAAUUUUGUUCUUUACAACAUCAUCUGCAAACACAAUUAUUAAGAAUUUUUAUUUUUGGAAUAUACAAUUUAUGCACGUUAUAGCAAUUAAACCUUUUCAAGGUUAGGAGUACAACACUAGAGUUGUAGUAACAUUCUGGCGUGUGUAGCGGCCAAUGACAUUUGGCGUUGGUAGGGGGUCCAACUAUACACGACUGUUUAAUUCGUAUAAAUUAAUCAUGCUGUACGUUGUUGAAGUUUAUGUUCACAAAUUAAGCGGCAUCAUACAGUGGAAAUAUGAAAAACGUCCAUUUUGCAAUGCUUUUACAGGUUGUGGCAAAAAACGUACCUCUUCCCAUCCUCCUUAUCCGGUUAUAAAACGUGGCGAUAUUGAAGAUAAAUCCCUUUACAACAGUAAUGACUAUAUUUCCGAGGGACUAUCCGAUUUAAUUGACAUCAAUGCCGAACCAGCAGUGGAAAAUGUACAAAAGCAAAUUAUGUCUCAGGCCAAGAUCUAUGAGGCCAUUAAGGAGGCAAGUAAGGAAAUUUUCCGACAAAAGAAUAAACAACGAUUAUACAAUUUACAACAGAAUCAACUGAAGGAGGAACAAGAUAAACUGGAGGAUAAUGAUACUGUUUAAUGAGAAUAUUUAUAAUCAUGUGAUUUAUUUAAGGAAAAUUUUGAAGAACAAAAGUUUAAAUGGAUAUGAAUUGACGAAAUGUUAUUAAAUAUAAAUAAAUGUAAUAUAAUAAAAAAAUUAAUUAUAAAUUAAA